CUAGUUGAAGUUGAACCUGAAGCCAAGCAGGAAAUUCUUGAAAACAAAGAUGUGGUGGUUCAGCAUGUGCACUUCGAUGGACUUGGAAGGACCAAAGAUGACAUUAUCAUGUAUGAAAUCUGUGAUGUUUUCAAGGCUAAAAAUCUCAUUGAUGUAAUGAGAAAAUCGCAUGAAGCUCGUGAAAAGUUGCUGCGUCUAGGAAUCUUUAGACAGGUAGAGGUUCUGAUUGAUACCUGUCAAGGAGAUGAUGCCCUUCCGAAUGGUUUAGAUGUAACUUUUGAAGUAACAGAAUUGAGAAGACUUACUGGAAGCUAUAACACUAUGGUUGGCAACAAUGAAGGCAGUAUGGUACUUGGGCUUAAGUUUCCAAAUCUCUUUGGACGUGCAGAAAAGGUAACCUUCCAGUUCUCAUAUGGAACAAAAGAAACAUCGUAUGGCCUAUCGUUCUUCAAGCCACAGCCUGGAAACUUUGAGAGAAAUUUUUCAGUUAACCUGUAUAAAGUAACUGGACAGUUCCCUUGGAGCUCUCUUCGUGAAACAGAUAGAGGAGUAUCCACAGAAUUUAAUUUUCCAAUCUGGAAGACCAACCACACACUGAAGUGGGAGGGUGUGUGGAGAGAGCUUGGCUGCCUUGCUAGAACAGCGUCCUUUUCUGUUCGAGAAGAAAGCGGACACUCUCUUAAAUCUUCUCUCUCUCAUGCCAUGGUAAUUGAUUCCCGGAACUCUUCUAUCUUGCCAAGACGAGGUGCUUUGCUGAAAAUUAAUCAGGAGUUGGCUGGCUAUACAGGUGGAGAUGUGAGCUUUCUAAAAGAGGAUUUUGAAUUUCAAUUGAACAAGCAACUUCUAUGGGAUUCGGUUUUUUCAGCAUCGCUUUGGGGUGGAAUGCUGGUUCCUAUUGGAGACAAACCAUCUAGUAUAGCUGAUAGGUUUUACCUUGGUGGACCAACAAGUGUGCGUGGAUUCAGUAUGUACAGCAUUGGACCCCAGAGUGAAGGUGAUUACUUGGGAGGAGAAGCCUACUGGGCUGGAGGUUUGCAUCUAUACACCCCUCUCCCUUUCCGGCCAGGCCGAGGAGGGUUUGGAGACCUUUUCCGAACGCAUUUUUUCCUCAAUGCUGGAAACCUCUGCAAUCUUAACUAUGGUGAUGGUCCCAGAGCUCAUCUGCAGAAGUUGGCAGAGUAUAUUCGAUGGUCUUAUGGUGCCGGAGUAGUACUCCGCCUUGGAAACAUUGCUAGAUUAGAACUUAACUAUUGUUUCCCCAUGGGAGUACAGUCUGGUGACAGGAUAUGCGACGGUGUCCAGUUUGGAGCAGGAAUCAGAUUUCUAUAAUACAGAAAUGUUUUACAUCAGGAUAUGAAAUUGAGCUCUGUAAUUAAAAUCGAGAAUAUAAUAUAGCUCGAUACAGUUUAAAUUUUUUUCUUCAAAAAAAAAAAAAUACAUCUGAGUGAUUACCUCAGACUUCACAGGAAACUGCAUUAAAGAACUAUGCUCUAAAGGUGCAUUGUACCUCUGCUUUUUAUUAAAGAUGGGGGAAUGUUCAUAGGAUUUUAGCUAUUUUAACUUGCAGCUUUUACUGAUUAGUUGUUACUUAAAAUGUUACAUAGGCGUGCUGGAAAUUGGUUCGUGGAUACGUUUCACAGGAUUAUAAUUGUCAUUGACCUGCACAGCCUUCACAUGUUCAACUGCAAGUCUCACAAGUGCUGGGAUGACUAGGUAUAAUAAAUAUGGCUUGAGUAGAAAUUAAGCGGGAACGGUCUUUCUCCAUCAUCGACUUCUGUGAAGGAAUGACCCAGAAAAAUUUGUUAUGCAUCACGAAGGAUUUGAUACAAAAAUAAUCAUUAUACGGGAAGGAAAAUGUUCUGAUAAAAUAUAUUUUACUAUUGUAAAAUCAUCUAUAUUGAAAAGGCUCCUACAAAUUUGAAUUGCUUAUUGGAAAAGUUAAGUCCAGCUGCUAGCACAGUAAAUAGUAAAAUUCAAGUGCAACUUUGAGAUUUUCUGGAUUCUCAACUUUGAGACAGUUUUGAGUGUUUUAAUCGUCUCGGCCAAGCGGUUGAUUUGAGUCUUGCCAUUUGGAUCUUUUUGUAGCAGUUGCAAAAAGUGGUGUCUAGAUGUGAUCCCAUGAUACUAACUUGUUUGCUUUUAUGUCUGAGGCAUGUUCCUUUACUGCCUUCUGUUAGUGCUAAUUUCACUUUAAAAUUUGUCAUUCAGCAUAUAUUCCAGUUUACAAAUAUAUUUUAAUGAGAUUGGAGUAAUUCACUAGCCUUAUGGUUCAGCUUUCAAGAUAGAUAUCUAUUAAUUUUUUAUAUAUGUAUCAAUCCUAAGUUGUUGUUAUAGUAAGAGUCUAGAAUCCACUUUCCCUCCAUCUGAGUUUGUUUUAUUAUUAGGUAUUGGCAAAAUUAAAAUCAUAAUACGAAGAAUAUUAUGGGAGGGUAGAACUUUCAAGCUGCUUUGUUCAGUUUGUCCUUGACUGUAAAUCUCCUCGCAUAAUUGGCUAGGAUUGGCUCUCUUAAGUAUGGUAGCUUUCAUAGUUUCUAGUUGGAUUUCUUCUGUCCAGCUAAAGACGUAAGUUUGAACACGUUCAAAAGUUAGGUGGCUUUGUUGCCAAACGGUGUCAGGACUGCCAUCAAAUCUUGGUGCCAGUCAAGUCAGUCCUGAGACUCUACUCACUGUAAAGAGGUCACAGUUUCAUACAGUGCUUUAGCAUUGGUAUAUAUUGUUUUUGCACUAAUACAGUAACCAAAUAUGUGGAUAACUUUCUAAAAUGUAUGAAGGUUAGAAAUUGGUCUGUGCCUAGUUUUUGCAGAGCUCUGCUGGACUAAACAGCCUUCCUAUUUAUUUAUUUUAUAAUGUUCCGUCAAUGAGGAUCACAAGUGUUCAAUACAGAAAAUGGUGUGAAUGACAGAAGUUAGGUCUGUUUCAAAUACCAAAAUUUAACAUAGAGAACCUUUUCCAGUGUGCAUAUCUGACAGCUACUGUAGCAGAUAUGUAGUUAACAAAGCAUUUAUGAUUUUUUUUGAUGUUAUGAUAAAAAACAAGACACAACAUUAAGAAUGUCAACAAAUGUUACUGUUUUUUCCUAGUACUAUCUACGUUUUGACAUAGAAAAAUAUUUUCAGUGGGAAGACUGGGAAUCUUGAUAUCUCAAAAUACUCUUAGGAUUUUCUCUCAGGAGUUCAAAGUUUAUUUUGGUCAUAUUGAUAAAAUUAGAUGUAUUUUGUUGCCUUAAAAACUCUUUUCGUGCACAGUGGUUGUUAUUAAAGGCUGUUCACAUUUAGUCCUUUAAUAUUACAUGCAAAAGUACUAAGCUGGUAUCGUUUGACUACUUUAGAAGGCCAGGUAGCCUUCCUGAGUUGAAUCAUAGACUAGGCUUACAGAAAUAGCCUCAGUCUGCACGCUAAUAGUAAGUUCUAGUCCACAUUUAGUUUUGAGAAAACAGUGUUCUAUAGCAAUAAAAUAAGGGUGGGGAAACUUUGUCAAAGGCUGAGUAGGCCUUUCAAGCACACUUGGAAGACUGCAGUUUACCACACAGCAUAUUAUUAUUACUGGGUAAUUCUAGGAGAAAAACCAUGUUACAGAAGCCUUUGUCUGGGCCACUGUUGAAAAUGCAUUGAACAAUAAAAUUUUCUCGUGGCGUAUAGCAAACGCUCAAAAGUUAUCCACGCUACCCAAAGUAUUCCUCUAGAAGUAACAUGUAAAUCACACUGUUGCUUGUGUAGAGUUCUGACAUAGUCAACAUAUUUCUGUUUGAAAUUUGUUGCUGAGGCUCUUUAUAAUUAGGAUGGAUAAGAUGCAAAUUAGGUUGAGUAAGAUAGAAAUCAGAAUUCCAGUAGAAUCUGCUAUAGUACUAAGCAAAAUCCAUGGUAGAAGGGCUCUGAACAGACCUGAAGCAAUUUUCCUCUUGGCUGAUCCCAUUUCUGGCUGUAGAGUUUAUGUCUGUGAAAAGAUAAAAAAGAGGUAAGGAAGGUCUGAAGUAAUAGCUGCGAUAGCACUGUAUUUGCUUAAAUGGGUAAUUUGGAUAUCACUUCACCUACUGACUAGUUGAAAUGCUCUUGCUUUUACAACCAGACAGAGCAGUUUGGAACAGUAAAAUAGUGAUAAAUGCCUCCAAAUAGUGCACCAGAACCUGGACCAGGAUGCUUGUGGACUCUUAUAUGAAACUAAUAACACAGUUGCAAAUAUGAUUGGAAGGAGAGUUUGUUCAGCUGUGUUAUUGUUCCACAGGGCCCCUUUCUAGAGGCUAAAAGAGACCUAGGGAGGAGAGGAGGGCACUUUCCUUUAUACCAAAGGAGUAAGAGCAGCUUCUUGGGACAAGGGCUGCACAGACUUAAUGCUGUGUUGAGGGCACCUCUGAGCCAGUAAGAAGAGUAUAGUAAUGUGUGAAAAGGAGCAGGAAUAUUUGUGUCACUGCUUCUAAGAUGAUGAGGGAUUUCUUGGAGUCGUUAAGAAAAAAAAAAAGUUGCAAUUUUUCUUUAUACCUAGAAAAUCUUGUGCACUAAGCACUGCUAAGGAGCAAGACACUAGGUAGCUUCUGGGAAAGGUGAGAGGUAAUGUGAUAGGUUGCCAGACUGUCAGGAGUAGGUCUACUAUGAUGCUGUUGUUUUUGUAGAGCACCUAUGUAGGAAUUGCUGUCUGUGUCAUGCCCUUUGAGAGCGGUGUACAGAGAAAGGAAAGUGAAUGUGUAUUGGAUUAGGCCAUCCUUAUUGAGUGUAGGUGAGCAGUUCCUCAAAACAAUACUCAUUACUACUAAUUACCAGUGUCACAUGGAACCCCCCCCCAUACACACACACUUCUUAAUGAGAAUAGAGGAGUUGAUCUGACAUGUAGGAGAGUAUCCUGAAUUUUGUAUGGCAUAACAGGAAAAUCAUUCUAAAAUUACAGAACCUCUGUGUAUAGGAUUCUACUGUUCUUUUCUUUAAAAAGGUAGAACCUGGCAACCACGGCGCUAGCUGCAGUUUUUAGGAGGAUUUUUGCGUAGCUUCUCUACCAUUACUUUGAAAUAAUAGUGUAAUUGAAUUUAUAGCUGUUUUAUAAUGUCGGUGCUAAAUCCCUGUCUGCAGCUGCAUUGCUCUUGUUGAUUUUAACUUAAUGAAGACAAGACCUUAUGCUGAAUGUAUUCCGUGCAAGUCGGAGCGUUCAACUUUCAUCUGUUGUCAGGCAAAAAAAAUACCAACUAGCCUGCAGCUGUUGGAGCUAAUGUCUGUGUGGAACAAAUGGUCUUUGUAAGAGCUUUUUGCUUAAAUAGAGUAUAUGAUCUAAAUUAUUCUGAAGCAAAUCAGUUAAGUGGUACAUUUCUACCUCAGUACUGAACAAGUAAAAUUAUUAAACCGAAAAGAAAAACCCUGACAAUCAAUUAGUAUACCAAGAAGAAAACUAAUUUUAAUAGUGCCUUGUACCUAAGGUAUCUGUUACCUUAGAAAAAUCAGUACAGGUACUAUUAUAAUAGAACAAGGCUGUAUGUAAUGAUUUUCUACUUAAAACAGUUGCUUUUACUUUGCUUCAGUAUUGCCCCGUAUAUUCAAUGAAAUGUCACCAUUAUUUCAUGACACAUAAUUACAGUAGUCUCCUCAUGUAUGCUAAAAUUUUGAAUGGAGUAUAAAAUGUCAUAAGACUUAGAGUAGAGGUAAACAGAAGACCUGUAUAAAAAAGAAUGCUAGCAAUGUUCAAAUGAGCAAAUGCUAAUUCAAACUUUCAAUUGUUCAGCUAAAUAUUGAAGUUAACAGUACCAGGCUGAAAUCAAAACCAGAUUUUGAACUCGGUUGAGUCUUUCCAGGGUACUUCUUUAUUUGUAAAAAGAUGGGAUUAGGCUCUGACAGUUUUCUUAAUGAAUAUACUCUCCAGGGAAUCUCAUACCUGAUACGAGAGAGGGCACUAGAGAGAAUUUUCUGCAGCGUACACUGCUGCUGUCUCGUUCAAUGUGGCAGGUGUUUAAAUGAAUAAUAUAGCUGGCCUUCUUGAUGCUUCUCCUCAGACAGAAUACGCACUUCAAACUGAAGGCCGUGCAACCCAUGCAGCAACAGCUGUAUCGCCUUUAGAUGGCUAGCAGACAGUUAAACUAUAAAAGACCAACACAUACUUGAUGGCGUUUACUGACAUAAGCUGUUCAUCUCUUAUGUAGAAGAGCAUUGUUUGUUUGAACCGCUGUGAUGCUUCUCAAAAUGACUCCAGGUAUUCCUUUUGUUGUGUUUUUUUGAAGUAUAUUUCUACUUUCUUUUGCCCUGGGCUCUCUCUGCUUGUCUCGGACAAUCCAGCCUCCUUUUGUUUUGAAUAGGUUGCAAUACUUUUUCUAUUUCCGCUAUAAAUUUAAGCGGUUUCAUUAUAAAUAUAUAGGACAUCAAAGUUGGAGGAGAAAGGAUGUAUGUGUGUGUGUCUUUCCUUCCAAUUAUUAAAAGAUAUUUGCUUAUAAGACUUUACAUUUUAGAUGCUGUACUUAGGUCAGGGAAGUUUUAUGUGCUUUUUUGGGCUACGUGUGUAGCUUGUCAACCAAUUUGUAUGUUCUGAAGUUUAAGGAUUUUCUGAUUAGUUUCAUAGUCGGUUCUAGUACCUGAAUGCUUUUAGUUUUUCUUCAGGGGUUGGAUAAAAUGCUUUUUCUACAACGCCUAAAAGUUAAAUGUAAUUAACAGUGCAGUGUGAAUUUUAUGAAAGGAAACAUCAACUCUCCUGCUGUUGAUC